CACUCACUUCACAGUUGCACCCCUUUCGCCAAGCUUCCAACGCCAUGCUGAUGAACUGCAUGGUUUGUACUGUCGAGUUUGUGCGUUUUGUUGGGAAGUUCUGGCAAGUAACAGUUGGUCUCCAGUUGUCUUCAUGCUCAAAGGAGGCCAUACUCACUUUGAAGAACUUGAGGCUUCAGUAUGACUGUAGAGACGGCGGCAAGUCAAAGUGAGUCAGCCCAUGCACAUAUGGCAGCACCGGCUGCAGUUGAACGCCGUUCAUCUCCGGACCUGUGCUCACAGGCGUCACAGGAGUCAUCUCAGUCUAGGAGCACUGACUCUACAGUUAAUGCCAACUCUCACGACUCGGCAGUUGGCAGCAGCUCGAGUAUUGGCGAGUGUUCGGCCGACUCAAGCUUUGCGUCGGAUUCUAGAUCUACCAGUUCGUCAUCCAGUCCCGGCAUUGAAGGAAUCUCGGCAUCCAGUCCUCCUCUGUCUGAUUCAUCUUCGUCAUGCUCUUCAAGUCCAGACUCGCCGACCCUCCAGCAAGCAUUUGGUGGUUCACUGGCAUCAGCUUCUAUGCCAACAUGUGGUGCACAGGCAUCACCGCCUAGUGAGGCCUCGGAUGCAGAAAGGCCCCGAUUUCGCCUCCUAGUUCGUCCCAAAUCGCCUAAAACGGAAGGAGCGGCCACCAAUGCAACGGAAGUAACUUCACCCAAUGCGUGCGAACACUCCGAGCGCAGUAGGGCACCAGAAAGUUCUAGUCAGGAAUCAGCUGUGAACACCGGCUCAACUGACCGGAGGCAUGAUAUGUGUGAUGCUGCUAGCUUCGCUGUGAAUCUUCCCCAGUUCAUCGUGGAUACACUGUCCAACUCAAAGGAUCGUGACUGGCUUCUGGAAAUUGAGCAACAGUUGGUUAGUUUCAGCCAAGAUGCAGAGCUUUCCUCACUGACCUUUCCUCAAAUGACGUCCUACCACCGGAUGCUUAUCCAUCGGGUUGCAACGUUCUUUGGCCUGGAUCAUUGUGUUGGACAAAGUGGCAAGUGUGUUGUCGUUAGCAAGCAGUCCCAGAUACAUGCCCUACCUCAGAGCUUUGCCGAACUCGCAGCAGAAAUCCAGCCCACUGGUAGCAAGCGAGUGAUUGUGCUUAGGCGCGGCGCUUCUUCGGAGACUGAGGAGAGUUCUGAAAGCAGUCUAAAUUCUCCUUUAUUUUCGGCCGCCGACGGCCCACAGGAACCUAGGUUUCGGUCUAUUGAAGAACGGCAAGCAGACUACGUAGCGAAACGGGCGCGCAUCUUUCACAGUCAAGAUCAUUCUGGAUUUCCUUCCCCUGGCGCUAGCAAAGACCAGAAGAAGUUCAAGAACGGGAAUGGAAGAAGGAAUUCAGAGCGGGGCGCGUUCCGUAAAAGACCCAACGUUGCUCCACGCCACAAGCAACUGAAGAAGACUGUGUCACGUGCCAGUAGUUUGCCUAUCGCACAGCCUGAUUAUGCAGAGGAGUUCCCCAGCAUCCCCGGCUCACUGCAGAGCCCGAUGUACGCGCCACACAAUGUGAAUUAUAACGGCGGCGCUGACGAGAUUUAUGACGAGGCUCUGGGUGAGCAGUUUUGCCAGUUGGCUGUAGAUGAGAACCAAUUUGCCGGAAGCGGCGACUUCUACGACUACAGCCAUGUGCAAGGAGGCGACAUGAAUGCUAUGGGUGCAUAUCAGACUCCAGUUCAGGCUGACUAUUAUCUGCCAUCUGGACAAGUGGAUGAUCAGCAUGCAACUAGUGGUUCAUGUCAACAGGGAGGGCACAUGUUAGCUGCAGUAACGUACAACUCUCCAUACGGCGCCUCGACUCAUCUUGCACCACAGGUUGCAGACUGCAACUGGCAGGCUGACAUUCCCGCUGCUGACUGUGAGCAUGAGGCGGCUGCUGGUGAGUACUAUAUCGACAACUCACAGCCUGGUUUCGUAUCAUCUGACAGCUGGGAUCCAGCGAUGGGAGCUGAUGCUGGGCUCGGCAAUCAAGACCAGCUAGUUAAUUCAGCCGUGAUUCCCGAUGCCAUGCCCAUAUGUGCGUCUGAUCCCUCGCUCGUUGCUCAAGAUGACACUUAUGUUGCAGGAGAUAUCCCUAAUGGCCAGUACGACCAGCAGCAGCAGCAGCAGCAACAACAACAAGCGUAUCUACUGCAGUACCAGGCACAGCAAGCGAACCAGCAACAGCUCCUCUACAACCAACACUAUCAAGCAUACUUUCAAGCGUUCUAUUUGCAACAACAGCAGCAACAGCAACUAUUGCAGCAACAGCAGGUGCAACAACCAGAGCUGCUGCAGCAGCCAAUACAGCUGCUGCUGCAGCAGUCUCAGCCACAUCAGCAGCCGUCCCUACUGCAGCAACAGGCACAGCCUCAGCAGCUACCAACACCACUGGAGCAGCAGCAGCAAGCACAGUCACAGCAGCUACCAUCACCACUGGAGCAGCAGCAGCAGCCAGCACAGCCACAGCAGCUACCGACACCACUGGAGCAGCAGGCACAGCAAUCAGCACAGAAAGAACUGCAGGAGCAGCAGCCACAGCAACAACCUCAACAUCAGCAAGUUGUAGUGCCGCAAGCAGUAUCCCAACAGUUACCGGCUGCACAGCCAGUGGAACAACCACAACAGCCGUCAGAUUCUGAUCAGGUCCAGGAUACUGGGCAGUCUCAACACCAACAACAACUGUUGCCCAAUCAGGUCCAACAGGUGCCGCAUCAACAGCAGAUGCAAAAUCAGUUACAAAGCCAGCCGAUUCAGCCUCAGCAGCUCCCACAACACCAGCAACUGUCGGCAGAGCAGUUGCUGGAGCAGUUAUUGUUGAGCCAGCAGUAUCCUGUUCAGCAGCAGGGUCAACAGGAUCUCCAAUAUGUGCAGCAGCAGCAGCCAACACUUUUAGAGGGUGAUUUUACUUCUCAACAGCUGACUAUCAACCAGUGGUUGUUGCUUCAGCAGCAGCAGCAGCAGCAGCAACAGCAGCAACAACUGCUAUUGCAGCAACAGCUCCUGGCACAACAUUUCUUGUAUCAACAGCAACUAUUACAGCAAGCCCAACAGCAGCCGCAGCAGCAGCAAGGUAUUCCCGCAGAGCCAGAGCAUGUUGCACCAGUAUCGGCGCAGCAGCAGCAGGCAGCACAUGAAGAACAAGAGCAACCAUCCGAGAGCAUCUGUGAGAGCACUCAAGCAGAGCAGGUAGGCGCAACCAGCCAAGAUGAAUCAGAGCCAUCAAGCCAAAUUGAUGCUAAUUCUUGUGCCGAUAGUGCGCAGCAGAAUGGACAGUCGCAGCGACGUAAGAAAAAGGAUAAGCCGUCACAGCCAGCACAGGUACAGCAGUGGUGGGAGCCACAGCAUUCCGUUAAGAAGACGAAACAAAAAUCGAAGCAGAAGCAACAGCAACGCAAGUCGGCACCUGCUCCUCCAACUGCCCAGCGAAGUGAAGCGGAAGAGGAGCAGCGGAAACAGCAGGUGGAAAAGCCAUCAGUGUGCGAUGAAGCAGAAUUGCCCCAAGUCCAGAAGUCAAUACUGAUUGCAGACCAGCAACAGCAGGACACCACAGUACAAAGCACACUGCCGGAGACUAAUACCUGCUCUCUGGAAGAGGCUGAAGUGCAGAUUGCGGCCAACCUGCAAAGCUCAGACACUAGCGUUGCAACUGAGUCAGCAACACAAUCUGUACAGCCUGCAGCACACAGUAAUAAAUCAGAUUCCGAGUGCUCUGGUGAGAAUACAGCUGAGACGGAAGGUGACCAAGGCUUUGAUGUUAACGCGCCGUUGGAGGACAGUCAGCUUACCUGUGAUAACAGCACAGUGGAGGAGGUCAGUACACACGCGGAAUCUUGCAAACGUGAGAUUGUUGCUACCUCUCCCAUUGACUUUCUCCAACAGCACUUCUCCGACCAAUCGUCUUCUCCUACACUGCCCGAAACCAGUCCGGUGGAAGAGAAGUGCCAGCCGACUGCCUUUUCCAUUGCUAUGGGUCGUCCGAUGAGCAUCGAGGAGGACCUGGAAUUCCUCAAAGACAUCAUGGACCUUCCUUCCCUCCCACUGUCUGAGUCCAAAAACGCAAGUACAUCUUCGUCAGGUGCACCUCAGUUGCCACCGGUUCUUGUCUCUAACUUGUCUGGAAUGUCGAACAAGCUAGAUUCCCAAGACAAUGCCAGAACGAUCGUCCUGGAAGUCUAUGACCUGCCGGCGCACAUUGAGCAGUCUGUGGAGCGCACAUCGCAAGCACUGCGUUCUCUGAAGGAUUUUGGCGCCACGCUGCAGAUUACACCGGGUAGAGUCCUGGCCAAGUUCCAGUCAUUACCGUGUGCCCACAUGGCAAUGUCUCUGUGCAGUCCUCACUACAAGUUACGCCUUAGUCAAAUCACCGCUGACGGUAUGCUGCCCUUCUGAUAUUUAUUCUACCUUACCGUAUCCAGUUACUCUGUCCAUUGUCGUCCUGUUGUAGUAAGUAAGGUCUUCUUUACUUCAGUUUCCUCGGUCUCCUUUACUUCAAGUGCUGGUCUCGCCUACGAACUACCAGACUAAAAAAUAUUCUCAUAUGGGACUUGUGUCCGCACCAUACUUUGCGGUGCAGUCCCGUGCUCUCGUUCUUUCUCCUUUGUGCCUCGUGAUGUGUCUUGUUUACCAAUGGAAAAAUCUUUUUAACUUUCUGCUAACUUCUAGCCCCCUUGGCUAUAUUGUAGCUGUUUUCCUUCAGUUAUCAUCUUAUCGCUGUAGUUGAAAUAAUACCAAGCACUAACCUAACCCGUUUCUUUUGUUGAAGCUGUCACCGCUAUGUUUUGUCCGCCUCUAUUUUGAAGCAAGUUUCAUGUGUUCCUCAUUUCCGUUGUGCUGCCGGGCCUUCCUGCAGCUAGAUGUAUGGAUGCUUCUCUUCUGCUGAUGAUAUCUUGCGCCUGCCUGCUAUUUAUGAUGCCACAAUUUUGAAGAUUUUAACUGCAUGUAUAUUCCCUGUGCUGUCCUUGCAUUCACCUGUUGAAAAUGCGAAGUAAGACUGUAGUUUGAGGCAUGUUCUAUCAUAUAUGUACUAUAGUCGGUAGGCAAGACCAAUGUGAUAAUAUUACUGACAUGAACAGAAAUGUUGUGUAUUGCC